UGUGAGUCACCUCUGGGGCCUAGCCAAUAAGGCCUGAGGGCUCAGGGAAGAAAAAUAUAAGGUAAGGAUCUUCCCCUCUCAUCCCCGUCCUCUUCCAGACCAUCCUCUACAGAAACCUGAGUAGUCUGUGAGGUUUACUCCAUUGUGUUCCUUUUGUGAAGCCAUUUGUGGUGUUAGCCAGACAUGGAGAAAGAAAACCCUGAAUUCAAACCCAGCCCAUCUACAACCAGUGAUGAAAAAAAUGAGAAGACAAGUGGACGCUCAAAGCAAACCGUGCCCACCAAGAACGUGUUGCACUUUUUACUGGAGAGGCAGCUGGGGAGGCACCAGAGUGAUGUGGAUCUGUCUAGGUGGCUGUGGAUGCUGACAUAGCCACACCAGGGUAGAGGUGGCCCUUGCUAAAAAAAAAAAGCAUGGGUCUUACCUGCUUAUGCUUACCCCAAUUUUUGAAAAUGCAAAAAAAAAAUUGAUUUAAAAUAACAAAACAACUUCCUUGUUUCAGCUACUACAACAAAAGCUGCAUUUUCACUCUAUUUGGUUUGGUAUGUUUUUAUUGCCCAAACAGCAUUUUUAGGUUAGUAAUAUGGGACAGGGGAUUUCACCACGGUAACCUGGAACACAGGAGCUCUCAUAGCCUGCAAGGCGGUGAGGUCACAGUGCAGGUCACAUUUCUUCCACCCUUAACCUGAAACAAAAUCAAGGGGGCAGUGAUGCAGAAUUGGGGACCCCCGGGAACCGAGACCCCUCUCCUAAGCAUUUGAGGAGACACCCGCUGUUUCUCGCUGGAAAACCUGGCUGCUACCCUGGUGAAAGUUUAAGAAUGGGCCUCCCGCAGCGUAGGAAGUUUAGGAUAUCCAUAUUUUUUAUUCUGAGCCUCAUGAGGAUACCAUUUAGAAACUACAGCGUUAUGUUUUUGUUGGCUCUAUUUCAUAUAAAAAAAUCAGA